AAUGAAUGGAAUAGUUAAAUUAUCAUUAUUUGUCUUUUUUCAAAUUUACUUUUUUACAGUGUUCUGUAACUGUCCAAGCGGAUGGUCAAGGUACGAAAAAUCAUGUUACCACGUCAGUAGAGAUUCAGCAUCGUGGGCCGAAGCCAUGAAAAUGUGUGAGAUACACGGGAGUGUCCUUGCAAGCAUUGCAACUGCUGCUGAAGACCAGUACAUAAAAACCCUACUUGGAGCCCAACGCCAUACUACAUCCUUUUGGUUAGGUGGAUCAGAUUGGGACAACGAAGGUGAGUGGAAAUGGGAACCACAUGCAAUUCCAUUUAAUUUCACCAACUGGCACAAAGGACAACCAGACAAUAGUGGAAGAAAAGAGCAUUGUUUAUCUGUACACAGAACCUACCAUUACGAGUUUGCCGAUGAUAACUGUCAUUAUUCACAACACUACUUGUGUGAAAAACCGGACACAAAUAGCACAGAAACAGAGGUUCUUGGAAAAUGAUAACACAUUAAUACUAUAAAUUAUUUUUUAAUAUCUUACUUAUUCAUUGAUAAAGCAUUGAAUGCUAUUUUGGGUAAGAUUUUGGGUGGGUUAUUUUAUGAAACUUUAGUAAUUCCACUGGUUGAGAUAAAAAUAAGACUUACUGGUUUUGCAAAAUUACCAUAGUUAAACUCUGCAAAAUGUUUUUGUGCCAGUCCAAAGUCAGAAACCUUAUUAGUAAAUAC